AUGCUUCUGCAAAGGACCGCUCGCAGCGAGCAGAUCGCCGCCAACAGAACCCCAGAUGGGCGUGGCGCACGAGCAAUUGCCGACUCCGAACGCCCCCUGACCUGCAUGUUCUAUUUCUUUGCAUCUCAGAUGAAGCGCAACAUCCAGCCAGCAGACCGAGACCUCGUACGGCGAGGGAUAACAAUAGACGGACCCACUCACCGAUUGGACUCUAUGUUGGCUAGAAUCGGCAUGCACGCUGCAUAUUCACCACUGAUCACAAAGUUUGAGACAUUUCCCAUGGAAAUCCCAGACGAUCCGGGGUUCUCCCAACGGAACCCCCAAAUUUCUCGAGACGUCCACGAUACCGUGCUCCUCGUGAAAUUUCGGAAUAAGGGUGCUCGAGAGGAAUGGAUAAUGACCAAAGAAUGGCAAGAUUUUAUGCAAAAGACCGAGGGUGAGCAGGUGUUCAGGAGAAUACCUCAUGUCAGAUGCGCCAGCAGUGUGAGAGGUCUGAUGGAUCCGAUCGAUAUCUUGACGGCUUGA